AUGGACGACAAUCUCGCUCUGCCAACAAGUCCGCUAAGGGACAAGUCGCCUCUCCGAGCCGCGACAUUCCCAGGCUCGGUCACAUCAGACGUCGCAUCGGGCUCGAGUCAUAGUCAAGAUGCGCGCACUGCCAAACGACCGCCGGCGAGUCCGCUGCGCGAGAAUGCCUUACACGAGACGAAGACCGAAUCAAGUGCUAUAGAUCCGCUAUCGCAGAAAUCCAUUCCUCUGAAAUUGCUGGGGAAAGCGUCAUAUGAAGCUGAAGCUGUGGGUUCGGAAUACAGCCAGCCUGAGCAAAGUUCUGCCCCGGGCGAUUCAUCACCGACAAAGGCCCCCAAGGAGAAGAAAAAAGGCGUCUCUUUCCUCAGCCGAAUCAUCGGGAACAAAAAGAAGGAUCAGCUUUCUGAGCCGGAAGAUGAAACCUCAGAACCGGAGACUAACCGCAUGUCCGUCGACACGUCUCAUCCAAUCGGAUUUAUAGCUCGGCAUCCUGGACCAUCAAAGUAUCUGAAGGUGCGCGCCCAUCACAAAAAAGAGAAGAUAUUCAAUCGGGUAUUCUUGGCCCAGGAACUCGAGGGUGGCGGCCCACCGCCAAAAGUCGCAGAUAGGCGGAUAUCGACAUCAUCCGCUGUGCCGCAAAAUGGCGACCAUACCGGACGGGCUGUUUGGGCGCUUGUAUUUUCCAAGGAUGGAAAGUACUUGGCUGCUGCGGGUCAAGACCGCAAAGUGAGAGUUUGGGCUGUUAUAUCUACACCGGAGGAACGCAAAGAUGCGAAUGGAGAGGAAGCGAAGACGCCUGUAGACGCGCAUGAUACGCCUAAGCUGAAGGCGCCUGUGUUUCAGCCAACGCCGAUUCAGGUGUAUGAGGGUCACAAGGGAAGUAUCUUGGAUCUCAGCUGGAGUAAAGUAAGGCACACGUCAGAUUUGAUUGGGAAGACUGUACUAAUCGAUGGAUUAGAACAACUUCCUGCUAUCCUCGUCGAUGGACAAGACAGUGCGGCUGUGGCAUAUCUCUCGGCCAGAUUCCAUCCGCGUGACGACCGGUUCUUCCUUGCUGGAUCACUUGACACGAAAUUGCGUCUAUGGAGUAUCCCUGACAAGAGUGUUGCCUUUGUGACUGCGGUUCCCGACAUGAUUACUGCAGUAGCAUUCACUCCUGACGGCAAAUACUCUAUCGCUGGGUGUCUAAACGGUAUGCUAAACAUCUACGACACGGAGGGCCUGAAAGUAUCGGCCCAAAUCCACGUUCGUUCGGCUCGUGGGCGGAACGCAAAGGGCAGUAAAAUCACCGGCAUUGAUACGAUGAUUGUACCCGAGGGCGAUCACCAAGGUGAAACUAAGAUUCUGGUUACCAGCAAUGACUCGCGCAUCCGGAUGUACGAUUUCAAUGCUCGAAUUCUGGAGGCCAAGUUCCGCGGCAACGAGAACACCUGCAGUCAGAUCCGAGCCACCUUCACAGACGACGGCAAGCACAUCAUCUGUGGAAGUGAAGAUCGUCGUACAUAUGUAUGGCCCAUUGGUCAAGUGGAAGGAGACUCCGAGAAACGAGCUGUAGAGGUCUUCGAGACACACUCCGCAAUGGUGACCGCCGCCAUCUCCGCACCAGUCCAAACAAAACAAGCCCUAGCUUUUUCUGAAGACCCAAUCUACGACAUCUGCAACCCACCACCAGUAGCCCUAAUGGGCCCCGACUCACCAGAAAAACCAAAGCAAAACGGAACAAGCCAUAAGCGCUCAGCCUCCGCACCGCGCCUAUCAAUAAUCAGCAAAAUGGCCCACGAAUCCCCCCUCCUACCUUGCCCGCUCCAAACACCCAGACGGAAACAUAAUUGCAAGAUAAAAAUCCUCCGACAAGACUGCGCCUACCACAAACGCCGCUUCGAAAACUGGGACGCAAACUCAACCAUCUCGCGCCGUAUCCUCCGCCGCUCAAACUCCGGCCGCCGCAGCGUAUCAUCCUCAAUCGGCAAGGAAUCCUCCCUCAAAACACCCUCGGAGCGUAUUAUUUCCUGGCGCAACUCGGUCAUCCGCCAAGGCCGCUCCAGCACCGAAGGAUCGCGCUCCGGUCUGCGCACCCGCAGCCCAUCCCCCCAACACCGCAAUGCAACCUUCCGCCUAUCAUCCUCCAGACCCUCAAGCCUAGGUCCAAACGAAUCCCUUAGCGCGUUCACACACUCCCCACCACCCUCACCCCGCCGAGCAAAACUAGACAACCGGCGCACAAGCGAAGACGUAACCCGAACCAACCACUCGCGCGGCCAAAGCAACGGCCACGCCAACGGCAAAAUCCCACCCGCAGAUAAAAUCCCCUCAACAUCUGCAGACCUAGUCGCAAGCCAAAGAGCAAAAGACAACCCGCUCUGGCUACAAGGCGAUCACAGCUACGCGUACUGGAAUAAGAUCACGCACGACGCGAUGGCAAUGCGCUCGCGUAAUUCGAAUGAUCUUCUUAGUCCUGAUAGUGCUCGCGAGCGCAAGGUGAGUACUGCUGGGAGUAUUCUUAGUAGUGAUUAUUCUUCUGCUGGGGGUGAGGAGGAUGAUGAUGAUGAUGUUCUUAAGUGCGAGAACUGUCGGGGUACCAGUUUCCGCAGUGUUAAGGGGCGAGAUGGGACCCAGAAGCUUAUUUGUUCGCAGUGUCAUCGGCCUGUUGAUUAG